AGAGAUACAGAUCGUAUACAUUGGUUACAAAAUUGAAAUGGCGACCUUAUUUUGACAUUUUUUAAACAAUGGGUGUACAGAAAACUACAGCAGGUUAACUAUCGUCUAUUUUAGAUAUUUUCAAAUGUGAAAUUGUCAAAGUGGUGGAAACAUGCAGACUAUGAAAGGACAGUUAGGAUUAAGGAGCAGUGCUCUAGCUCCUACAUCGAGUAAGAUAACAACACAAUAUCUGGUACUGGAUCAUAUGAAUAAUCACUACAGAAAAGUUGUUGGUGCUAAGUCUGCCAUCGAUAACAAACCACCAAAGGCUCUCAAAACUAGCCAAAAGAUACGUGAUAGACAAACAAGAGAUUAUGUAAAGAAAACUGGAACUCGUCCCCCUUCUAGAACAAUUCCUUCGAGAACUCAUUCACAGAUGCAGUAUUAUGAUCAGGAUGAUUAUGAUGAUGAAAAUCAAUGGGGAGAAUAUGAUCCUGAUGAUGAAGAGGAAAGACUUGUUCAGACUAUAAUGAGAACUACAUUGAAGCCUAAAAGUAGUACCAGUGUAAAUGCCACCCAUGGUUCAGUGACCGAACCAACAGAAAGACAAUAUGAAGAUUAUGCUCAUACAAAUGUAACACAACAACCAAGGGCAAUGUCUGCAAAUUCUAAAUGGAUGAAAACUAGAAAUAUUAUGACAGCAGUGAGGGCUGUUACAGCACCAACAUCAGCUCGAAAAGAUAAAACGUAUGAUGGAGAUUUAAUUGAAAAGAGAUCACAUGCAUUUACAGAGGAAAAGCCAUUUACACCGAGGACAUUAAAAACUAAAAAUAGAUCAUCAAGGUUAAGUGAAUACAAAUAUUACACUCCUCCUCCUCAGAAGAGGUCGGGAAAGAAACAGGAAGAAGAAGAUCAUGAAACAAAGAAAAAGGAAACCCCAGCACCAAAACCAAGGCCUAGACAAAGUGCUAAAUCUCCACAGAGAGUUGAUGCUUCUAUGACUGACACAUUAAUGUUUGAAAGUCUCCAGAGUCGUGAUUUCUCAAGAUUCAAGGAUAAGGAAGAAUUAGUUCCUAAAUUAGACAUUUCUUUGGACAAAGACCACAUGAACUGGCUCCAGGAGCAACAGUAUAGAAAUACAGUUAGAGAAAAGAGUGGAACAUUAAGGUCUUCAAUGGGCCGUAUCCAGGAGGAUGAAAUGAUGCAUAGCACUGACUUUGACCAGACAAGGGAUAUGUCAACACUAGGCAAAUCAAGUACAAGGGGUUUUGGAAACACAUCUGGCAGUCAGCGACUACAUAAAGAGCAAUCCUAUAUUGAUCAAAGAAAAAGAGAAAGGGAAGAAGAACUAAAAUAUAUGGAGUUUAUGAAAGAAGUUACAGAUGAUGUUCUAACUAGAGGAGUUUUUACAAACAGGGUACUGAAACAGGUGUUUGAAAGUCACAUAAGGAAAAAGAAAGGACAGCUAAAUGAGAGGAGAAUGAGAUCCAUGUUGGGUAAAGUUCGCAAUGACCUUGGAAUUGCUGAUGAUGAUGAAUCUGAUCUUGGAGAAAGUAAUCGUAUGGGAGAAACAGUAUCCACCUCUUCUUUUAAAUUGAGGCCUACUCUGGCUAAAUUUGAACAUAGUAAGGUUUCUGAUGUUACAUUUGAUUCAACUGUGGAUUCACAAAACACAUACAAGUUUAAAAGUACAUCAUCUGCAGACAUGUAUAGCACCAUCCACUCUGAAAAUGAGGAUUUAUCUGCUUCUCAAGCCUUGAAAGAUUACCAGAUGAAGAUCACCAGGAAGGAAGAAAUGAGUGAAGGGGAAGUCACUCCUGAUGAAUCAGAAAGCCUGAAAGUUGAUGAAAAACCUUCAAUACAAGCAAAAGUCAUACAAGUUUCAUCCAAAGAGGAUGAUAAUGCCUCUGUGCAUUCAAGAGCUUCCAAAGCUAGGUCAACAGGAAAUGCUUCAGUUUAUUCACAUGCCUCAAAGGCAAUGUCUGCUGGAAAGAAAUCGGAAGGAGCACAAUCAUCAAAACAGAGAUCACAACCAGCAAGUCAACAUGAUGAUGAUACAUUAACAGAAAGAUCACAAAAUCGUACAGAAAAUGAUCAGACUGAUGAAGGAGAGUAUGGUGAAGAUGAAUUUGAAAGUGAUGGGGACUUCUAAUCAAACCACAAAUAGGAUUUUUAAUCAUCAAAUUUUGCUCAAUAUUGUUAAAACAACUAUUAUAUUAUAUAGGAGCUUUUGUUUUAUUAUAAUAUGCUUGUUAAAACCUUUAAGGUUUAAACUUAUGUUGAAGUCCUAGUACUUGACAGGGUUAGAUAUUCAGCAUAUUUUGUACAUGUAAUAAGAUCAAUUUUGUAUUUUACAAAAUUGUUUGAAGAUGCUGUCAUUGAUGCCACAUCUGUAUUUAUACACAGUGCAAUGAAGUAGUGGCUAGUACAAUGUUUUGAUCCCUCCAUUAAUCUGUCGCCUCAUAUAUGCAUUUUGCUCAUAUAAGGGUAUGGUUCAUGUGAAAUUUUUUGCUAAAAUUCUUUUAUAUUAUUAUUUUUUUUUUUUUUUCUAGAAUAUAUGUUGCAGCUGAUUAUCGUGUAUUCUAUUACUUUAUAAACCAAAUGAUAUAAAAAUGCAAAUCUGGCUUAUAGUAUGAUGAAUGUCAAUCAAACAGAUGGAUAGGUGGACAGAGUACCUUUCUUUUAUACUCCUUCAGCUUUCAACCCAGAGCCUUCAAAAUUUCUAGAAUGUUUGCAUAUAAUUAUAUUGAAAAUGUGCAGCUAACUUUCUGUACUCGUUUGGAUAGUUUUGCAGAUCUUCCAGAUGGUAAAACUUUCUACUUAAUGUGGGUAUCAUAAAAGUCUAUUUUUUUUUUAGAUUUUUGAAUUUAUGCUUAUGUUAUUCAAGAAAGCUUAUUUUAUCCCAAAGGUAAACUUGGGACAAACUUCAUUAUUAGAGACCUAUCAAUUUGUCAGCUUGCAUUUGUAAAAGUGUAUAGGCUUUUAAUGAUCUUGAGCUUCAUACCAGACUAGAGGUUAACAGAUAUGUAGUUAGGUUAUAUGUUUGUCUGUGAUAUUUAUGUUUCAUUUCAUACAUUUUAUCAUUGUUGUGCAAUUACUGGUAAGGAUAUCCUUUUUAUUUUUUGCUUUUAUAUUUUUAAUGGACUCACUCAUGAAGAUACAAGGUCCCAACUUUUGAAGAGAAAAAAUGUUAUGACAGGUAAAAUGUUUGUCAUCGGAAAUACAGAUAACUCAUGAAAAUCUGAAAUACUUUCUCUUCAACUAUUUCACAUUUUGUAAAGAUUGGGUUUUCAUUGUAACAGUUUAACUUAACAUAAAAGAAGAAUGUUUGAAAUUAUAAAAUUCAAAUAAAAAUAACAAGAUACAUGUAUACACAUACACUUUGGUCGCUAUAUAGCCUAUCUGUCAAUGCAACAUAAGGCAAACAUUAAUCAAUCAAUCUAUCAUAUGAAAUGACGUAAUUCUAAAUAUUAAUUUUUGCUUGAAAUAUGUAGCUUUUCAUAUAGUUGAGAAUAUACAAGGUGCUUUAAAGAUAAAUAUAUUAAUGUUUGAGGGUAUAAUUUUAUAUGAUAUUAUAGAACAUUAAUUUAAUUUCAACAUUUAUUAUGAAAAAUAAUUAUUUAUGUAGUAAAAUGAAUAGGUCCAAUUUCCAGUAAUAAAUUGGGUAGAAUUUAUGCCCAUUAUUACAGUAAUACAUUUGUUACAACCUGUGCUGCUAGGAGACUGGUAUGUGAUGUUAUAUCUAAACUUGUUACAACAACAUCCUGAUGAAGAUAAUAGUAUAAUAGUAUAAAUUGUUUGAAAAUAACGAAGAUUGUAGUGGAGCUGGGAAGGCAGAUAUUUGUUACAGUAGUAAUGUUUUGUCCUGCUGUAAAUACAUUAACUUAUCUCUGUCCUAAAUUCCUAAUGCAAUACUGAACAAAUUGUUUUGUUUUUUUUUUUGCUUUCAUUUGGCUGUAAAACUGCAAAAGUUGAAUAACUGCAAAACUUUGUCUGUAAUUUAACUACAUGCCAUAAAAACAACUUGAUGUCAUGUAAAAUUGAGAAUGGAAAUGGGGAAUGUGUCAAAGAGACAAAAACUUCUGUUUUCUAUGACAAAAAAUAUGUUGAUGUAUUUUAGAUUUGAUAAAUUAUAUGUGUAUUUAUUUGGAAUGUGAGUUUCAAGGAAAAUUUCCAUACAUCAAAUUAUGAUUGAUAUGUCUUCUUCCCCACUUACUCAUUCUUGUAUGGAAUAAUAUUUUAGACUUCUGAAUAAAAAGUAAGCCCUGAUAAAAGGAUCUUCUUUAAGAAGUCACUUUUUGCUACUGAUGUUGUGUAGAAAUUAGAUCCGUCCAUUUAUUUAUUUUAGAGCACAACUUGAUAUAAGCAGAAUAAGAAUAGUACUAAAUCAAUUUUUGCAACUAAUAAAUGCAAUGAAAUGUAACCAUGUGGAUUAUCCGUCCAUUGAGGUAGUUGUCUCAUAUCAUUGUUCUUAAAGCAACAUUUUUCAUAUACACAUUUAUGUUUAGUUAAUAUUAAAUUUUUAAAAAUA